AUGGCCAGCACAACCACCCUCGAAACUCAUGUCGAGUUUGAUCCAUUCCUUCGAACACCGUGUGGCAAGCCAUACGAUUAUUCUGAAGCAUAUAUCCCCGCAAUUACUGGACAAUGUCAUGCUUCAAACCUUCUUCAAUUGCCCAACGGCGACCUUCUCUGUGUCUGGUUCGGUGGCAGCAUUGAAGGACGACCCGACAUCUGUAUUUAUAUGUCGCGUUUGCCAGCUGAAGAAAAGGUCUGGACAGAGGCAAUCAAAAUGACCCAUGACCACACCCGCAGCGAGCAGAACCCGGUCCUGUUCCGCAACCCAGCCACAGGAGAUAUCCGACUGCUUUACACAUCCCAGGACGCGGGGAACCAAGACUCGGCUAUUGUCAAACAAUUGAUCUCUGUCGACAAUGGAGUAACCUGGUAUGACCCUACUGUACUGUUCAGCGAGCCUGGUACCUUCAUUCGCCAGCCUGUCAUUGUGCUCGACAACGGGGCGUGGGUGGUACCCAUUUUUAAAUGUCGUGCUGAGCCCGGACAGCGUUGGCUGGGAAAUGACGAUAUCUCUUGCAUUCGGAUUUCCGCAGAUGAAGGCCAGACUUGGACUGAGAAAGAGAUCCCCAAUAGCUAUGGAUGCGUGCAUAUGAACAUCCAGCGCCUGAAGAAUGGCUCCUAUCUUGGCUUGUAUCGAAGCCGAUGGGCUGACAAUGUUUAUCUAUCGACUUCUCUCGAUGGCAUCAACUGGAGUGAGCCCAGACCUACCGUUCUGCCCAACCCGAACGCGGGGGUUUGUCUUGGGGUACUGCCUUCUGGACGGGCGGUCGUUGUGUAUAAUCACUCUUCGAAAGAAGACGCCCUCGGUCGACGUGACGGCUUGUAUGAUGAUAUCAGUGACGGGACAGAUAGCAGACCCAAUCAGGCUAACAAGCAUGGAAAGGAGGCAUUUUGGGGUGCACCGCGGGCGCCUUUGUGUGUGGCAUGGAGUGAUGAUGAUGGUGGUACUUGGAAGUGGAAGACACUGGAGGAGGGAGACGGAUAUUGUCUGACAAACAACAGCGAGAAGAAGCUGAACCGCGAGUUAUCCUAUCCCAGCAUUCUUGUUGAGUCGGAUGAGAAGAUCCAUAUUGCGUACACCUUCUGGCGACAGCGGAUCAAGUAUAUGCGUCUGGGGAGUGAUUUCUUUGCGUGA